AUCUGGUACAAAUUUUUUUCCUUGGCAACACUCAUUUAUGUUAAACAAUCUCUUGCCCAAAAAGAUCGAACCAUAGUCAGGUUAAAUAGAGAGACACAGCAAACUCCUACAUUUAGUCAAUUUCAAGAACUAAAUAACAUAGUUUUGCCUUGCACUAAUCUUGAUUUUAAUAAACUUAAGCAAGAAAUCAAGAGACUUAAAAUGAAAGAUUUUCAACCCUAUUUUGAAGAGAAAACAAAUACUUUUGAGCAAUUAACAGCUACCGCCAAAUGUAAAGCAGGUGAUAAUUUAAGUACCAUUUUAAAUCUUUUCUUGCAGACCAACAAGCAAAUUAUCGAAUCUGAAAAUGAAUCAAAUAAAAAUGAUUCCAAUAAUUCUUUCGCUCAAGGGCGGCUAUUAGGACAACUGACUACUUGCCAGACUCUUUUGCAAACUAAAUUUACCUCAGAGGAACUUCAAAGUCUACUAAAUAAACAAAAAGAACUUACAAAAUUAAAAGAACGAUUUGCUAUUUUGCGCUAG